AUGGCUGUCACACGGGAUAUCGUGCGCCCGCGCGGGGCGGCCCCGUGGCAGGUGGGGCGGGGCGAGGGGUGGGGGGCGGCCGGCGGCCAACGGGCGCGCGCCUCGGCCGGGGGGGCGUGGCUCCCGCCCACGGCGGCGGGCCAGCACGUGUGCGCGCCUCAGUGCGGUGCGCGAGCGUGCGGCGUGCGGAGACCAGGCAGUGCGGCGUGCCGCGAGCGCGACCGAGCGCGUGUGUACGUGCAGGGUGCUGCGGUGAUGGAGCAGAGCGGCUACACGUCGCCGUGGGCCGCGGUGCUGGGCCGCCACCACGCCGCCGCCGUGCCCGUCAUGCAGGACCACCACGGAUACGGCCCGCCCGGCGCCGCGCCCAUCGACCUCCACGUGUCGCAGCCCUUCCCGUACUACAGGUACCAGGAAGAGGCGCUGUGCUGGUCUGACAGGAAACACUCCGUAGACGAUGUGAGCAACCCCACGUCCGUGAACGCUCGGUGAGUACCAGUCGCUGUAUAUACUUCAUUGCAAAGACUUGAGAGCUCUGCGAUCUGUGGCACUGACGGUAAGUGUCAAUAACUGCAUCUUUUGCUGUGCUUGUAGCGAGUGUU